GCGCUACUUGCUGCUUGCUGGUUUCUUUUAAAUUGUAUUCGUAUUUAAACUACAAAUACUUUACUUUACAGUUGCAUUAACUAAUGUACAGACAUAUAUUGUUUAAACACCGUUCUCCACAAUCAGUAAUCACUCAGAGCAGCGGUCGUAGCACAGCCGAGAAGCAACAACAAAUUUGAGUGCCGCCUACCCUACACGCACGUGGGAACGGUGAUGGAGGUCGACAACGGCGAGGGGCAGGUGCAAGUUCACCUCAAAAGCAAACAAGAACACUAUGCAGUGCCAGACGUUCCAUAUGCCAUCGAUGGAACAGUCGCUACAUCGGAGCUGAACACAUUCGUGAAUGCCUUGCUCCUUAGCAAGGGAAGCUCUGCCGUGGAUUUUGAUUUCCUGGUCUUCGAUGAGUACCUGAGGGGUCGCUUGUGUGACCAUCUGAGAGAGAAGGCGAUCAGCUUUGAGGAUGCCAUAGAAAUUGAAUAUGUAGAGCGCUUCCCCGCCCCGGAGCCACAAGACUGCUUACUCCACGACGACUGGGUCUCGGCAGUGAAGGCCUCUGGCAAGUGGAUUUUGACUGGAUGUUAUGACAACACCUUAAACAUCUGGACGAACAAGGGCAAGCACAUUCUCACGAUCCCCGGCCACACGGCUCCCAUCAAAGCUGUGGACUGGAUUUCACUGGAUGACGACACCGGUCGCUUUGUGUCCAGCUCGCAAGACCAAACGGCCAUGCUGUGGCAGUGGAAUGUUGGCGCCAAUACUGUUGAAUGUGUUUCUGUGUGCAAGGGUCACGAGAGGGGCGUUGAUAGUGUUAGUGUCAGUCCAGAUGCACAGCGUUUUGCGACUGGAUCGUGGGACACAAUGCUUAAAGUUUGGUCAGCUGAGCUGGAAGAUGCAGGAGAAGGAACAUCAAAGCGCAUGAAGGAGAGCGGAGUUAGAACCCCAAAAAUGACUCUUCAGGGACAUCGCGAAAGCAUCUCUGCAGUGCAGUGGAUGGAUGCCAGCACCCUGCUCACAGGCAGUUGGGAUCACACACUAAAGGUGUGGGACCUCAGCCUGGAAGGCAUUAAGGCCGAGAUAUCCACAAACAAGUCAAUCUUCGAUGCGAGUUAUUCUAAACUAAAUCACCUCAUUGUGACGGCAUCAGCGGACAAGAAUCUGCGACUGUACGAUUCUAGAACAAACCAGGGAUCCGUUGUGCGAAACACCUACCUGGGGCACAAUGCCUGGGUCCAGACCGUGAUGUGGUCCACUACAGAAGAAUUCCUUUUCGUGUCUGGCUCCUAUGAUAACCAAAACAAGCUGUGGGAUUGCAGGAGCCCAAAGGCUCCUCUUUACGAUCUGCUGGGCCAUGGAGAGAAGGUCUUGGACAUCGACUGGUCCAACCCCAAGUAUAUAGUGUCCGGCGGCUCAGACAACACGGUUCGUGUGUUUAAAUCGCGCAAGGCACUAGUAGAAAAUAUGGACACAAAAUAAUGCGUUCACCAACCCCACCACCUACUUUUCAAACAACAUUUAUAAACAUAAAAUGAAUAAGUUUAAAAUAAAUAAUGCCCUAUCGUCAGGGCAGCGAUAGUUUGGCUGGA